ACCAAAGAGACGCCUGAGGGGUCACCAGGAACAAGAUUGUAGAUCUGAACGAGACUGGAAUGAACCAAAAAGUGAGCUUAUUGGAGCGAUUAUUAGAAAAUGGAAGAAAUACAAGAUCAUGCAUGAAGCUCCAUGAAGUCCAGAACUACACAGGGAACUGGUCAAUGAGCUGAAGAUAGCUGGGACCACAGUAACAAAGGUUACUAUAGUAACACACAACGUGGUCAUGGAUUCAAAUUCUCCAGAGCUCCAAAGGUUCUGCUGCUUAAACCAGCACACUUCCUCAUCGAUCUAAAGGAGGAGGAAGAAUGAGUUACAUCCCAAGAACAUCAUACCCACUGUGAAGCAUGGUGGGGGAAACAUCAUGCUUUGGGGCUGAUUUUUCUACAAAUCCUGGCGACUGAUGAGUAAAAAGGCUGACCGAGGAGACGCGGCGCUCUCCGACUCCUGUCCUGCAGCCUGUUUCUGCUCUCAGAGGAAACAAUUUUAAACAAUAUGAUUUCCUGAGGGCAAAAGGAGCAACGGAUUCAAAGAGGCGGGGCAGAAAAGGGCAGAGAAUACAGAAGAUCAAGUAGCAGACAUGUGGACAUCAGAGUGAGGCAGCAGUGAGGUGACUCUCCACACAGACGCCGGGAGGUGGUGCAGGCUGCUGCCCCAACAGGACAAGGAAGGGGAAGCCUUAAGCACAAAUGCAGCGCUACGGACCGAUCAUGGGUGACUGGAGCUUUCUGGGUAACAUUUUAGAGGAAGUUAACGAGCACUCUACGGUGAUCGGCCGGGUGUGGCUCACGGUGCUCUUCAUCUUCCGCAUCCUGAUCCUGGGCACGGCGGCGGAGUUCGUGUGGGGCGACGAGCAGUCCGACUACGUUUGCAACACGCAGCAGCCUGGAUGUGAGAACGUGUGCUACGACGAGGCCUUCCCCAUCUCCCACAUCCGCCUGUGGGUGCUGCAGAUCAUCUUCGUGUCCACGCCGUCUCUGGUGUACGUGGGCCACGCCGUGCACCACGUCCACAUGGAGGAGAAACGGAAGGAGCGCGAGGAGGCCGAGCUCAGCAGGCAGCAAGAACUUAGCGAGGAGCGUCUCCCUCUGGCUCCCGACCAGGGAAGCGUCCGCACCACGAAGGAGACCAGCACCAAGGGGAGCAAAAAGUUCCGUCUGGAGGGCACCCUGCUGAGGACCUACAUCUGCCACAUUAUCUUCAAGACUCUGUUCGAGGUGGGCUUCGUGGUGGGCCAGUACUUCCUGUACGGCUUCCGAAUCCUGCCUCUGUAUAAAUGCAGCCGCUGGCCCUGCCCCAACACGGUGGACUGCUUUGUGUCCCGCCCGACGGAGAAGACCGUCUUCAUCAUCUUCAUGCUGGCCGUGGCCUGCGUCUCGCUCUUCCUCAACUUUGUGGAGAUCAGCCACUUGGGCCUGAAGAAAAUCCGCUUCGUCUUCCGUAAGCCGGCUCCGGCUCCCGCCGCGGCCCACGGCGAGGGGAUGGCGCCCCUGCCACCUCAGGGGAAGAGUCUGCCCCCUCUGGGGGUGUCCUCCCUGCAGAGGGCAAAGGGGUACAAGUUGCUGGAGGAGGAGAAGGCGCCCCCCAUGACUCACCUCUACCCUCUAGCUGAGGUGGGGAUGGAGGCCGGCAGAGGGGCCUCGCCCUUCCAGGGGCUGGAGGAGAAAGGUGAGGAGGCGCUGCCCAUGGAGGACAUCACAAAGGUGUACGACGAGACUCUGCCCUCCUACGCCCAGACGACGGAGACGGGAGGGGUGACGUUACACGAGGAUGAGGAGGAUGAGGAGGUGCAGCCACCAGAAGUAGAGGCAGAGAAGGUGGAGGAGAUUGAAGAUGAAGACGAGGAGGAGGUGGAGGAAGUGGAGGACGCGGCUCCGGCGGAGGCCGGCCUGGAGGCGACGGAUACGAUAGACGACAGCAGACCGCUGAGUCGACUGAGCAAAGCCAGCAGCAGGGCCAGGUCAGACGACCUCACCAUAUGAAGCACACAGACGGAAGAGAGCACACACUCAAUGCACACGCUUGAAACGGCAGAGCAGAUGAGAGGACUAAAUUCUACAAAACGACAAAAAAACAGAGAUUUAGAUGCGGAAAAGAGGAAGUGAAAGAUGGCAGGAGUAGUUUGUUUUUUAUUAAGUUGUUUUUACCUUCAAUAAUGUAAAAGCGGACACAGAUGGGAGGUGUGGGGGGUGGUUUUACUUGAUGAAAAUCAAUUUUUAGACAUCUUUUCUAUUGAAAGAGUUAUACUGAGAUGCAAUGGACAGGUAGACAUUUGUACAUGAGGUUUGAGUAGAUAGGGAGGCGUGCCUGUAAGAAAGAAUCAGUGUAGUUGGGCACCGACUUUUAUCAGUGAGACGCUGCAGCGUGAAGCCGCAGCAGCUGAGACUCCGACACAGAACACACACAUCGACAGGUACUGUAAGACAGGAAGGAAAGUCCAUUUUCAGGUUGCACAUUCAGAGGUUUCAACUCUGCAAAAAGCCUCUAACCCUGACGACGCCUCAUCUGUGCAUCCAUCUCCACACAUUCUCUAAAGUAUGGAGAGCCGUGCAUGAGCUUCUCUCCUUUUCAUGUUUAUAUACCAUGAGCGGAGCUAGAAAACAAAAAAAAGACCACUUGUUGAAUGUCUUUUUUUCAAUGUGAUUUCUUUUUUUUUGCCUUUAAGAAACUUUGUGUUACUGUGGUAUCAGCUGUCCAUAUAGAAGAGCGAUCAGAGAGUGAACCACAGCAGUGACCUCAGGCCAAAUCCUCUCUCCUUUCGUGCUGUACAAACAGGCGUCCGGGCGAUAAAGAUCACGCACAGUCAGCACAACGCAUUGUUGCAGCCGAGACAAUAAAAGAAAACGGCGCUCGUGAAUGAAAAAACAAGCAUCCUUGAUCGGCCUGUGGAACAAAAAAUAAAUAAUUCCACUUAAUUUUGUAGAUUCUCACAGCAAAAUAAGUGUGGUGGAAAAAUCCCUGUCACAAACUGAUAUUUAUUUAAUUCCAAUCGAAUAGUUUCAUAAAAAAGUGAAUUGAAAGUGGAUUCUCAUUCGCUGUAAAUUCCUGUGCCUUAUCUGUAAAUGUGAGUUUUCAAAUGUUGUACGAUGCUCUGGGACCUCCGUGAACUUGACGUUUUUCUUCGCCUGAAUAGCUUGUGUUUCCGUGUGACCCCUCUGCACACGUUAAAAUAUCGUCUCCAUGGAAGCAAAACUGCCUUUUUACACACAGGAAGCUGAAUGUUUGAGACACACCAACAGUGUUGAUUUUUUUUGGGGAACUUUGUGACCCCAGAGAAGGUCCUAAUCUCCCAUAAUCCACUGCAAAGCAUUAAGAUGGAUCUUUUGUACAACAUUAAGAUGUAUGAUAUAUAUUUUCUUUUUGUGUGUUUUUAAGACUUGUUGCAUUGGCUGUAUGUCUGUGAGAAGAUUAAUAUUUGGAGAAGAAGAAAAAAAAACAUUUUUACUAACUUGUAGUCUUCUUUGCUGAUAGAUGAGUGGCAGUAUCUUCUACUGGAAUGUGAACCAAGCAAUUAAAAGUCAAACGUGGUCAAGAAAUGUUGUGUCAUGUUUUCUCUGAAAAGUACACACCCAGACAUAAAAAAACUACUAUUUUCACUUUAUUUAUUUAGGUUUUUCUUAAUGUAAAACUACAAAAACUGAUGCAGAAAUGCUAAGAAUAAAUAUAA